AUGGAGUCCCGUAAUACAUACGGUUAUAUGGAUGAAGAUCGUAUGAAUAUUCCGUCAUCUUCAGGUCUAGUUCGGCCGAAGGAAGCAUUAACACAAGCCUCAGUGGCCGGGGAAGAAGAGUUGGCGGAGUUAUUAGUUACUCGGAGCCAAAACGAAAGGUCAUUAACGAAAACUGCCAUUGAUGAAGAUGAAGAUGAAGUAGCAACGUGGCUACACUCUCUUCCUUUGGAUUAUUGUUCAGAUCUGUACUCUGAUAUAGUGUAUCCGCAGCAGCCGUACGCCGCCGUCCUGGCAACGAGUUCAAAGGUUGUCUCCGAUGCUCCGAUAGCCGAAUUCAAUAAUCCGAUGCAGCCAUCAGGGGAACGUCCGCCUAUUCCUUCCUCUUGGCGACAAAAAUUGGAAGUCUCAAGGCACAGAGGGAGGAUCUGGAAGGAGGCAGGAACGUCAGGUUUGAACGAGCCGGUGAAAGAAUUUAAUGUAUUUGAGUCCAGUAAGACGCAUGCUGCCGCUGUGGCGACGAAAUAUAGGGCUCCAAGUGGCGGCAUCCGCCGUAGGGUGAGAACAUCAACUGUGGUGGCGACAUCUUUAGCUGCUGCAGAUAUUAUAGAGGCGAACGACUUGACCGGCUCGGGACCAAAUGUGAGUGCAGCCGAUUCCGAUCCGGUGCUGCUGAGGCCGUCUAUGAUGGCGAUGGAUCUAAAGCGCAAGGGAAGACAAAUCGAAGACUCGGAUAAUAGCGAGGUUAUUGCCGCCCUUGAAUCUCUUGAUCUACAAAAUAAAGCAAGUAGUAAAUCAUCAUCAUCUUCUUCCAAGAAAUCUCGGUGUGCAGAGGUCCACAGUCUCUCAGAAAAGGUUUGUUCUUCUUUUAACUUCAAACUAUAA